ACAUCGAUGGAACUUGACGCUUGUACGCCAAAUACAACAAAUGAAUCGAACUCACGAAAUUCCAGAUGUAUCAGAUAUUGUUCUAUUGAAGUUUACUGGGUAAAAUUAUAUAUUUUAUUUUUAUUUUUCAUGAUGAAAAUUCAAAAUUCAAAAUGAAACGCAGAAAUUAAGAAUAAGAAGAAAGACACUAAUACUUAUGCUUUGUCAGCCCAAAGAGAACAUUACUUUCUGGAAAUACACUUGGGCAGGUAUAUUCUUAUGUUCUUCCGGACACUACAGAUACAGUACAUUAUGUAAAAGAAGAUCGAUGCAGAGAGUGUAUGUUCUGUACAAAAACAUUCUCGGUUCUUGGUAAGAAAUAUAUAUAUAUAUAUAUAUAACAAUUAUCAGCUAUUAUUAUAUUGUUUCUAAAUCUUUUGAUCUUUAUAUAUAAAAAAUAGAACGAAAGAAUCAUUGUCGAACAUGUGGAGGAAUCUUCUGUUCAGGAUGUCUAUCUAGUGUUUCUCUUGUUACUCCUGACAGAUCAACGCGCUUUUGUAAAAGCUGUUUUGAAGAGCUCUAUCCACUCUAUUAAAAAAUACACUAUACUAGAUUAAGUGCAAUAGAAUUUUACCGUUAUCAAUAUAUAUAUAUAUCAAUCUUAUUAUCUUUAUCUGUAUUGAUUUGUUAUAAAAUUUGACACAAUAAAACGUAGAUAAGAUU